AUGAAUACUAAUUGGAUGACACAUAUUGAAAAUUUAAUUGAAAAAAAAAGAUGUUGCAAAAAAAAUGAAACUGAAUUAAUGAAAAAAAAAAAAAAACUCAAUGAAGUAAAUGAUGACACUAUUAAUAAUUAUUAUGAAAAUAAUUAUGGUUUAAAUAAAUAUAAUAUAAAUAAGAAAAUUUUAGAAAAUUAUCGAAGAGAAAACAUAAAUGAAUUAUAUAAAUGGCAAGAAGAAUGUUUAAAUAACUUAAAAAAAGUACGUUGGAAAGAGGGAGAAAAUUUCAUAUAUGUUGCACCAACUUCAGGAGGGAAAACAUUAGUAGCUGAAAUUUUUGUUUUUGAAGAACUUCAAAAAACAGAAUGUAUAUUCUUUUUAUUACCUUUAAAUUCUUUAAUAAAUGAAAAAAUAGAUUAUUUUAAAAAAAUAUGUAAAGAUGCUAAUAUAAAAAUAGGUAGUGAAAUUGAUGAAAACAAUAUAAUCAUAUGCACAUAUGAAAAGAUGAAUAAUUAUAUAAAUAAAAAGAAAAUAAAUAAUAAUCAUAAUUAUAUUGUAAUAAUUGAUGAAUUUCAUUUAAUAAAUGAAAAACCAAGGGGAAUUUAUAUUGAAAAUAUUAUUUCAAAAUUUUUAUUUAUAAAUAAAAAGCUAGCUAACAUAAAAAUUAUAUGUAUGAGUGGAACACUGAAUAAUAUACCUAUUCUAAAAAGAUGGAUAAAUGCAAAAGUAUAUAUUUCAUCAUAUAGACCUCAAGAAAUAAAAGAAUACUAUAUAUGUAAUUACAAUAUUUUUAAAAAAGAAAAAGAAAAUUUUUCAUAUUAUUGUAAUAUUUAUGAUUUUUCGAACUUACAUAAUGAUCAUAAUAGCAAAAGUAAUUGCAUUGAUAAACUUAAUAAAAGUAAAAUUUCAUCCUUUUUAAUAAACAAAAACAAAAUUUUAAAUAAUAGUUUAAUUCAUUCAUUGUUAUGUUUUUCUAUUCAUAGUUUGAUUAAUAAUUUAAACACAUUAAUAUUUUGUUCUACAAAAAAAAAUUGUGAAUUUUACAUUAAUGUAUUAAAUCAAUUUUUAAAUUUUAAUCCUUAUCAAGUUACUGAAGAUAUUCAUAUAAAAAGAAGUAAAUUGAAUGAUACAAUAUCUCAUAUUGAUAAAUAUGCAUAUAAUAAAAUGAAUAAAUUAAUAAGUAAUGGAAUAUGUUACUAUCAUAGUGAUAUUAACACAUAUAUUAAAAAGUUACUAGAAACAUCUUUUAAAGAAAAAACAUUAUUUUUGUUAACAUGCACAUCUACUUUAUCAGUUGGAUUAAAUUUACAAGUUGAUAGGGUUAUCAUAUCUUCCCCUUUUAUUGCUGAUAAUUUUUUAUCAAUUACCCAAUAUAAACAAAUGAUUGGUCGAGCUGCUCGGUUGAAAAAAGGAGAUUCAAUUAUAAUAAUUGAAAAAGUACAUGAAAAAAAACUGUUAGAACUUUUUAAACAAGAUUUUACUAAUAUUAAAAGUAUUAUGAAUAAUUCUUUAGAAUAUCUUGAAAAAUACAUUAUUGAACUUAUAUGUUUAUAUGAUAAAACAUUAUCUUUCAGUGAUAUUAUUCAUUUGUUAUCAUUUUCAUUAUACUAUAAUGAAAUUAUAAAUAGCAUUACAGAAGAAAAAGAAAAGGAUUUCUUAAUUUCUACCUUAACAGAAGAAAAAAAUGGAGAUGAAAAUUAUAGAGAGUCAUUCGAGUUAAAUAUAGAAGAUUUUACACAAGAAGAAAUAUUUUUUUAUAAAAAAAAAAAAGAUGAAAUUCAUCAUGUAAUAAAUAACUUAUUAAAACAUAAAUGUAUAGAAAUAAAAAAUAAAAAAUUUCAAAUAACUAAUUUUUGUAGAUCCCUAUGCAUAUGUAAUUUCACAUUAUCUUAUGGUAUAGAAUUACUAAACGAAAUAAAAAAUUAUGAUAGAAUAUAUUUAUAUAAUAAUUUUCAUUUAUGUUAUUUAUGUUCUUCUUAUAAUUUAAGCAUUACAUCAUUUAAUUAUAAUUUGCCAUUUUUAAAAAAUUUGAUAUCAAUGAUUUCUGAUAAUUAUACAAGAAAUAUAAUCUUUCAAAUAUUAAAAUUUGAUAGCGAUAUAAUAAAUAUGUUAAACAUAAAAAAUCAAAAUAUUUAUAAUAAAAAAAGAUUAUUUUUUAAUGAUAAUGUGCUUCAAGGAAAAUAUUGUAAACUGUAUAUAUCUAUUUUAUUAUUUAUGUAUUUAGAAAAAAAUAAUUUUUCUUAUAUAUGUGAAACUUUUAAAAUAACAGAAGAUGUUUUGCAAUCUAUUUUACAACAUACUUAUAUGUAUAUUCAUUUAUUAAUUGCAUUUUUUGAUAAAAUAGAUGAAUGGAUAAUAGCAAGUUUACUAAAAAAAUUUCUUCAUUAUUUUAAAAAUUGCAAAUCAUUAUCAACUUAUCAUUAUGAUAUUUCUCAAGUAAAUAAUUUAAAGUACAAUAAUUAUUUUCAAAAAAAAAUAAAAUAA